AUGCCGUCACGCAGGCCUGACGAGGCCCUGGGGCCCGCACAACGGGAGGCGCUACAAACCACGGAGGGAGGGAGAAUGAAGAGCUGCUUUGGUUUACGUUUGGUGGUUAACUUUGGCCUGGGGGGAGGCUGGGCGGGGCCGGAGCGGAACCAGGACACCGCCCCCUCCGUGAGAGCCCCGGCAGCCCGCCCACCACCCGCUCCCUCGCUCCUUCCAGACCAGCUUGUCUUACUUCUGGAGCAUCUCUUGGAGCAGAAGACUUUGAACCCCCGGACUCUUCAAAGCCUUGAAAGGGCAUACCGCCUUACCCAGCAGGAUGCAGAGGUUCGCCAUCGGUGGUGUGAACUCAUCAUAAAACAUAAAUACACAAAAGCGUACAAAGAUGUGGAGAGAUUCCUCCAGGAGGAUCAGGCCAUGGGCAUCUACCUCUACGGGGAGCUGAUGGUGAGCGAGGACUCCCGGCAGCAGCAGGUCGCCCGCCGCUGUUUCGAGCUGACCAAGGAGCAGAUGGACAGAUCCUCAGCCCAGGUGGUGGCCGAGAUGUUAUUCUGAAGAGGAAAGAUCACAGCGAGAUUCUUUUUCAUGCAUCUACUCCUAGCCCUGGUGGGACCAGGAUCGCAUUGACCCUGGACAUCAAAGGAAGGGUAUUGGGGCUGCUAAAGCCAUCAGCCAGCAGCGUCCAGGCCUUGGUGCUUCUCUUUCCAGAGGCUGCUGUCCCUGGAGUUCACGGACCGCGUGGUGCCUUUGUCCCCCGCCCUGAACUUGCCACCCCAAGACACGGAAUCUGAAUUGGAUCUCUUCUGUGAGGUCAAGGCAGUUCUUUCACACCAACGAUGAAAGCUGUCUGAGAAAAAAAUCAGAAAAACUGCUGAACUUGUUGCGUGGAUCCUCUCAGCAUAUGGCUGCACUGGAUGUUUUUUAAAAUUCCAGGAAGUCAGAGAUUCUGUAUACUGGGAUCAGUGAACACCAUUUGGUAUUCUUCUCUGGGUCAUUUCAGAAAGAUCCUACAGGAUUGUCUUGAUCGCUAGGUCUUGUUCUUUAGCUAUUUCUGAAAGGGCAGGGUAAGAAUCCAAGAUGUGUUCAUAAUAAAACAUGAUUGCUAUUUUUGUA